AUGUAUGUAGUUAUCGAUAUAUAUUGGUAUAAUGUAUUACCUAAUAUCUCAGCAAUUGGUGCAGCACAAUAUAUGUUAUUUAAUACAAAACAAAGUUCGGAAAUCGCAUAUCAACGAUUAGAUGGAAAAGAAAUCCAACAGUUAAUCGAACAAAGAAAUUUACCAGAAGAAUUCUUUCAACCGAUUAAAAUGUUGGAAGAAAGGAGUACAAAACUUAUUGCAGCUAAGAACAAUAAGAAACUGGAUAAUGUUGUCAUAGCUAAAGCACUUGUUAUCGGUGAUAACGAUAAACUUACUGUUUUGAAAAUUGAAUUACCUGAAAGUAAUAAAAACUUGAAUCAAUGUCAAAAAACAAAAGAAAAAAUGAAUGAUUCAGAUAGAUAUUGUUUGAAUAUUAGCCUUAUUGUUCUGUUGAAGAUACUCCACCAAUAUUUUUAUAGAAAUAUUGAAAAAUGAACUAAUUAUAAUAAAAGAACGUGUCAUAAUCAUUCAGAUAUAGUCCUAUGAAGAUAAACCAUGAAAUAUCAGGGUUUUAC